CGCUCCGCGGCGCGAAAGGCUUGCGCAAGAUAGCGAAACGGUCAGUACCGUAUUUCCUUGUCUCUUUCGCGAGAGUGAGCAUUCGUUGUCAAUUUUCCUCAUCCACGUUCGUCGUCGUCCGUUUGUUCAAGCACUUCUCAGGUCAUGGCGAACGAGACCAAUUCGCUCUGUCAGCAGGAGGCUGCGAAGGAGGUGGAUCAUCAAACCUUUAAGAUACACAAUUCGGACGACUUCGGCCGUAUUACCAGAGGGAUCAAGGUUGCUCGAUGCAUGCAAUCGCCGUCUCCCUAUGUACCCGAUGAACAAGAGUUGAGUCAACUGGUAGUCUCGGAUUCCUUGUGUUGUUCUCAAUGUAACACUGAGUUUGAGGACAAGCCACAACAGAGACUUCACUAUAAGUUGGAUUGGCAUCGUUAUAAUCUCAAGCAACACCUGAACGGCUUAAAAUCGAUUAGCGAGGACUAUUUUAAUAGGAUGGUCGGCGAAGGCGACAUGUCUAGUCUGUCUGGUAGCGAGGCAGAGUCCGACGAGGACGAUGCUGGUACUUCGGAGACUAGGACCUCAUCUAAUGAGACAACCAAAAACGAGCCAAUAAGUAAGAGCGGUACUUCGACUGGCAAUAAAUCUAGAAAGACAUCGGACAGACGUGGGAGGAUAAUUGAAUCUGACAUUUCGGACACCGAAUGCGAGGAACUUUCUAAGGAGCGAAAGCUGCAAGUCGUUGCCAGUCGUCAUACAAAGGUGUUCUUCGAAAACGAAGAUGGCAACAUAUUUAGCAUCUAUCGAUGUCUGCUGCAUCACAAGAAGGACAUUCCCGAGAAAGACAGUAAGAUGAUUACUCAGGCACUCCACAGUGGCAGAACGACCAAAUGGACGAUUAUCAUGGUUGGAGGUGGACACUUUGCUGCGGCUGUAUUUCAAAAUGGCGAACCUCUUGUGCACAAGACCUUCCAUUCUUAUACCGUUCGAGCUAAGCAAGGUUUCGCUCAAAGCUCUCGGACGAACGGUAAUCACGCGAAGAGUGCUGGUGCCAGUUUGCGAAGAUAUAACGAAGCUUCACUUAUUCAGCAUGUGCAAGAGAUACUGGAAUCAUGGUCGACGCAUAUCAAUAAUUCGUCAGCUGUUUUGUAUCGAGCAGUCGGACCGCACAAUCGCACAGUGCUCUUUGGCGGCAAGAACCCUCCUUUAGAUAAGAACGAUUUUAGAAUAAGACCACUGCCAUUUCCCACGCGUAGAGCCACAUUUAGAGAAGUCAAAAGGGUAUACGAUAUACUGAGCACCAUGGAGAUUUAUGGCUCAGCAGCGGAUUUUACCGAUUGUUUUCCCAAUUCUCCACGACAACCUAUACGUAAGAAAGUUUCACGACCGGAGAUUAUGAGCGAGAUACCAGAAGGAGAAGUUGCUGCCGAAUGUAAUUCUAACGUAGGUAGUACUAGUAGUCCUCAAGAGAACGAUAAGUUUAAAACACCCGCACAAUCUACACCGGAGAAACAACACCGGAAUUCUCGUCCGCAUAUAGACAGAGCAAAACCGAGGAAAAGUCCGAAUCGGCCGCUGCCAGAUAUUAUCGUUAAACUAGCUCAAUCAUCCUCUGAAUCGGAAAUGGAUGUGAAACUUUCACCGGACGUUCCCUUAAUUGUACAAGAUUUCCAAGUAGAUUUGGUCGAAAGUUUACAAUCUUUCCAGGAUACCGUGCCAAAAUAUAUGAAGAACAAGAAAGCUCAUCGGCAGAAAAAAAAAGUGAAGAAGGAAGCUCAGAUUAUCAAUGAAGUAUUGUUGGAUGCUAGAAGCAAGCUAUGGACUGCAUGUAAACAAGGCGAUAACGAUUUAUUAUCGUCAGUCAUAGAUGAUUUGUUAAGCAAAAUUAAAGCAUGCGAGGAGGAGCUGAAUAAAAAAGAUAUUGCAGUCGAUGGCACAACGUCUAAUGAUAGUUUUGUAAGCACGGAUGACGUAAAGAAAUUAGUUAACGAUACAAACGAGGAUGGCAAUACAAUGUUGCAUUUAGCGGCGCUUGGUGGACACUGCGAACAAGUAUGGUUGUUGUUGGAAAUCGGAUCUGAUCCCUGCAAUAAGAAUAAAAAGUUACAGACACCUUAUGCCGCUUCUAACGAUAAGAAGACUAAAAAUACAUUUAGAAGAUUUAUGGAAGCUUUUCCGGAUAAGUUUAAUUAUCAAAAGUCUCAAAUACCUGGGCCACUUAGCGAUGAGAUAGAGCAAGCGGAAGUGGAGAAGAAAAGGCAGCAGCGGAAAUUGAAACGUUUUAAAGAAAAAGUUAAGAGGAAAGAAUUUGAACAGAAGAAGCAGGAAGAAAACGAGAAGCAAAGAUUUCUUAAUCUCAGCGAUAAAGAAAAGAGAGCAUUAGUUACGCAGAAUCGGAUGUUAAGCGAAGGAUUCAGUGUAAUCUCGCGGUGCUUCCAAUGCGCCAUUGAUAUGACCAACAAGGUGCCUUUUGAGUAUAACGCCAAUCGCUUCUGCUCAAUGCCGUGUCUCAAAGAGCACCGUCUUCACAAUAAAUAUGUUAUCUGAUGGUGUAUUAUGUCUAGCUAGCUUUUUUAUUCCAAUUACGCACUCGCGAUCGAUAAUCAAUGCGGUUAUGAUAAAAAAAGACUACAUUUAUACAUACAUAGAGAAUUCAUAUCGAAUUAAUUUCUAACUAUUUAUGAAAUGUGUUACAGCAAUGAAAAGCAAGAAAAAAUUCCUAUAAUAGCAUUUUCAAUAUUAAUGAUACAAAAGUUUCUUAACUAGUUUUUAAAAAGGAUGUGAAUGUAAAACAAAUUAUAUGUAUGUAC